UACCUAAGACAAAUAGAUGUCAUUUUGGUUUAUCAGGUAAAGAUACAGCUGCACAUUCUUUAGAGACACCAACAUGCAUAGUGAUGAUCUUCAGUGCCCUGUUAGUAUACGGUACAAGCAACACCUAUCUUAAGUAGCGACCUUUAUGUCUAGACUAAUGUUCAAGCUUCCCAAUGACAACGUGGUCCAGGUUCCAUCUUUCACAGUCCUUCUGAAGCCACCCUGCUGUAUAUGUGGGAGAAAGUGACCCUCAAUAGCUUCCUAUUGUCUGUAGAUUAUUCAGCCCAAACUUUUUAGUAUGGACUAAAACUUUCUCCUGCCUUCCUUGAGAUAUCUCAGGUACCCUCACUCCUCACCCCCACUCCAUUUGGCACUUUAAGCACUAUAGAGCCUCUGUCUUUUGCACCUUCCACCCACCUCUCUAUCAGAACACUUCUCACCCAUUUCCACUGGCUGGCUGCUUCCACUGUGCUCACUCAGCUUUGGGAUGGGCGACAAGAUAAGUGAUCUACCUUUCUAUGCCCUACUGUACUAUGACUUCCUGUAAGGCUGGGCCAUGUCUUGUACAUCUCUUUGUAGUCUACUACCUAAUAUCGCUUAUAACCUAAGAGGUGCUUCCUAAGUAUGUAUUAAACAAAUGGAUGGAUAAGCAAAAGAUAGAAAAAAAAUUGUAGAAAAGUAUCCUGAAAAUCUAAUCAUAGGUCAACAAAUCCUAGACAGAAUUAACAACACAAUGGCACUUUACUGAUAAAACUGAGUCAUGUUGUUAAAACAUCGUUUUUAAAAACCUUACGCAGAAACAACAAGAAUGUAAGGAGGCUGAGAUGAAUUGUGUUGUUUGUAAUUAGGAAGGGAACGUGCAGUUAGCUCUUUUGCUUUCAGACUUCGCUGUUUGCUAAACUGGCAUCCCCAGGUCCGCACACCAGUGGAAGACCACGCUGCCGCCCAGCCUGGCUCCUAACCGGCCCAGUUUGACACUCCCAGGAGUUGCCCCUGUGCCGUGGACGUUCCGGCCCUGGAAGGCUCCAAUAGCUCCCCCACAGCUCAGGUUGGUCGCUGGCGUUGCUUCUCCGGGUCCGAGGCACUUCUGGAGGCUUGGGCGGAGAGGACGCUCCCGAAGAGAGGUCGUCGCAUUCUCAAGUUUUUCUCUCUAAAUAUUUAAUGGUUCUCUCCCUUUGCUUCUGUUUCUGACUCGAUCACAGAGGCGAAAAGGGGACUACAAGAAAGAUAAUAGUAGCGGAUGGCGCACCUGGCUUUACUUUUUCAAUUCCGUCAAAGUUUGUGUUUGUGUUUUGUUCUUGUUCUUCAUUUGACAGCAAUCCCGUGAACUUCUCCUUGGGGGAAAUGGCGCGUCCAAAGCCCGCCAAGCCCAGCCUGAGAGCUCUUGGACUUAUUAGAGUAAUAUUUGAAACCAAACCUCGAUAGACAUAAACUCAAAGGAAGCCCUGCGCUCCUGAAGUCAAAGGCAUCUGUCCUGAUCGCGGUGCUCGGUUGGCUGUUUGUAACCAGAGUUAAGAGCAGGAUUUUUAAACAUGAAAAUGGAUAAAAGAAAAGCUGAGUCCCGAGGUCCGCCGACUCCUAUUCAUUAUCCCCAGCAGCAUAUGGUACCAUUCUCCUACUAGUGCUCGCCCUUUCUUCCGCAAAAGCAAAAGCAACCAAGCCUGUCCCGCUUCAUAGCAAACCCACUCUUUGUGCCGGAGCGGUGCCUCUGCCACCACUACUACUUCCUCCUCCUCCCGCCCCCUCCUCCUCCCGCCAGCCGCCGACUUUCGCUCAGGGAAGCAGGCGGCGGGUGCCCUUUGCGCGGGGAAGCCAGUGCCGCGAUUGGGCGACGGUCCCUGAGCCUCCAGUUCCGCGUCGGUUUCAAGGCUCCUCCCUCCUGGUGAAAGACAGACUGCGGGGCGCCUGGAAACCGGUCCGAGGGCGCGCGAGGGAGUGGAGAACGAGCGAGUUGAGGGAUUGACACAAAUGGUCAGGCGGCGGCGGCGGAGAAGGAGGCGGAGGCGCAGGGGGGAGCCGAGGCUGCUGGGCUGCGGAGAGUUGCGCGCUCUACGGGGCCGUGGCCACUAGCACGGCGCCGCCAGCCGGGAGCCAGCGAGCCGAGGGCCAGGAAGGCGGGACGCGACCCCGGCGCGCCGGAGCCACCCGGGCUCUACCAGCCGCCCACGCUUCAUGAAUCGCAAGUUUCCGCGGCGGCGGCGGCUGCGGGACUUGGAGCGGGAGCCGGGGGAGCGGGCUGAGCGCAGCUCGGGCUCGACGGAGGGCACCGGCGCGGAGGAGAUCUCCCCGGACGCAGGGGGAGCCGCCGCCGGCCGCGCCACUGCCAGCCUCAGCCGGGCGGCGCCAAGAAAGGAGCCGAGAAAGUAUGGCUGAAGAGGAGGCGCCUAAGAAGUCCUGGGCCGCCGCCGCCGGCGGCGGCGCGAGCUGGGAACUUUAUGCCGGGGCGCUCCCAGCUGGACCGGUGGCGGAAGGGAGCGGAGAUGCCGAGAGCCACCGCCGCCGCCCCCCAGCUGACUCCGGGCGCUUGGCGCGCCGGCUCCUGCUACUGCUUUGGCUGCUGGAGGUUCCGCUGCUGCUGGGGGUCCGGGCGCAGGCAGUGGGCCAGGGGCCGGGCCAGGGGCCCGGGCCGGGGCAGCAGCCCCCACCGCCGCCGCCUCAGCAGCAGCAGGGCGGGCAACAGUACAACGGCGAGCGGGGCAUCUCUAUCCCGGACCACGGCUACUGCCAGCCCAUCUCCAUCCCGCUGUGCACAGACAUCGCGUACAACCAAACCAUCAUGCCCAACCUUUUGGGCCACACGAACCAAGAGGAUGCGGGCCUCGAGGUGCACCAAUUCUACCCCUUGGUGAAGGUGCAGUGCUCGGCGGAACUCAAGUUCUUCUUGUGCUCUAUGUACGCGCCAGUGUGCACGGUGCUGGAGCAGGCUCUGCCGCCCUGCCGCUCCCUGUGCGAGCGUGCGCGCCAGGGCUGCGAGGCGCUCAUGAACAAGUUCGGCUUCCAGUGGCCUGACACGCUCAAGUGUGAGAAGUUCCCGGUGCACGGCGCCGGCGAGCUGUGCGUGGGCCAAAAUACGUCGGACAAGGGCACCCCGACGCCCUCGUUGCUCCCGGAGUUCUGGACCAGCAACCCUCAGCACGGCGGCGGGGGGCACCGUGGCGGCGGCUUCCCGGGGGGCUCCGGCGCGUCGGAGCGUGGCAAGUUCUCUUGCCCGCGCGCCCUCAAGGUGCCCUCCUACCUCAACUACCACUUCCUAGGGGAGAAGGACUGCGGUGCGCCCUGUGAGCCGACCAAGGUGUACGGGCUUAUGUACUUUGGGCCCGAGGAGCUGCGCUUCUCGCGCACCUGGAUCGGCAUCUGGUCGGUGCUGUGCUGCGCCUCCACGCUUUUCACGGUGCUAACGUACCUGGUGGACAUGCGGCGCUUCAGCUACCCGGAGCGGCCCAUCAUCUUCCUGUCCGGCUGCUACACGGCAGUGGCCGUGGCCUACAUCGCCGGCUUCCUGCUGGAGGACCGAGUGGUGUGUAAUGACAAGUUCUCCGAGGACGGGGCACGCACAGUGGCGCAGGGCACCAAGAAGGAGGGCUGCACCAUCCUCUUCAUGAUGCUUUACUUCUUCAGCAUGGCCAGCUCCAUCUGGUGGGUGAUCCUGUCGCUCACCUGGUUCCUGGCAGCGGGCAUGAAGUGGGGUCACGAAGCCAUCGAGGCUAACUCGCAAUAUUUUCACCUGGCCGCCUGGGCCGUUCCGGCCAUCAAGACCAUCACCAUCCUGGCGCUGGGCCAGGUGGACGGCGAUGUGCUGAGCGGGGUGUGCUUCGUAGGGCUCAACAAUGUGGACGCGCUGCGCGGCUUCGUGCUGGCGCCACUCUUCGUGUACCUGUUCAUCGGCACGUCUUUUUUGUUGGCCGGCUUCGUGUCCCUCUUCCGCAUUCGCACCAUCAUGAAGCACGACGGCACCAAGACCGAGAAGCUGGAGAAGCUCAUGGUGCGCAUCGGCGUUUUCAGCGUGCUUUACACGGUGCCAGCCACUAUUGUCAUCGCCUGCUACUUCUAUGAGCAGGCCUUCCGGGACCAGUGGGAGCGCAGCUGGGUGGCCCAGAGCUGCAAGAGCUACGCCAUCCCCUGCCCCCACCUCCAGGCGGGUGGAGGCGCCCCGCCGCACCCGCCCAUGAGCCCAGACUUCACAGUCUUCAUGAUCAAGUACCUUAUGACGCUGAUCGUGGGCAUCACGUCAGGCUUCUGGAUCUGGUCCGGCAAGACCCUCAACUCCUGGAGGAAGUUCUAUACCAGGCUCACCAACAGCAAACAGGGGGAGACCACCGUCUGAGACCUGGGGGUUCAGCCCAUUCCCAGCCGUCGGCUUCGUCCCAGCCACUCCCAUAAAGCUGGCCCCAUGGAACUCUUGCCAAGCCUGGCUACUGGAGGCUUUCUCACUAGCCAUUCACUUUUCGCAGGCUCCUUUCUACAACACAGCUCCUGCAAAAGCUUUGGUCCCUUGGGGCAAACGGACUGGAGGGCCCAACUGCCACAGGGGGGAUGGACAGACCACUCUGGUUCUCACUCUCUGGUACCAGGACUGUACGCUUUUAUGAUUGUAAAUAGCCUGUGUAAGAUUUUUGUAAGUAUAUUUGUAUUUAAAUGAUGACCGGUCACGCGUUUUCCUUUUUCUGCCUUUUCCUUUUUUGUUGUUUUGUUUUAAGUUUUAAUUAUUUAGGGCGGUUUACCCAUUUCAGGCUUUUCCUUUGCCUUUUCAAAGUACUGCAGAGGUAAAACCGGAGCUCACGGUGCUCUUGCUUGUUCUGGCGCGCCCCUCCUUGCGGCAGUCGGGGUGCGUGUGGGGCCGCCUGUGGGGCUGCGCGGCCCAGGUCACUUACCGCCUCCGCUUUCUGCUCCUUCCUUUCCUUCAUUGCUUGGGGUCGGGGCUCUUUAGAUAUAGAACUCCACAGAGCUUCCAGAUCCGGGGGUAGACCCCUGCCCAUCCCGAGUGUGCCCUUGUGAGGUGGGGGGGGGGGGCGCAGAUUGUGAAGGCCUUGCCCCUUUAUUGAAACUGAAUUUUUCACUGUAGAGAACCUUAACUCCUAGCUUCAAGGAGGUCCACAGAUGUGGGCUGCGGCAGUCCCAGCCUCCUUCCACACUGGCCUCCAAAGCCCAGGCAUUCCCUCCUAUGUAAGUUGGUUAGAGGGUGAGUGGGAUAACCAGUGCCAAACUUUUUCAAGUCUAAUUUUUGGUGGAUGAGCUCAUUUCAUUCUCUAGUGUCUAAAACCUGGUAUGGGUUUGGCCAGCAUCAUGGAAAGAUGUGGUUGCUAAGAUUUGGGAAGAGGCUUGGAGCUUUGUGUGGGUCAGGAGAGACUGAAGAUGGGGUUUAUAAAAUGUUAAUUCUAAUUGCAUACGGAUGCCUGGCAAACUGCCUCUAGGACUGAGACAGCCCGCAUUUAGAUUUUACCUUUCUGUAAAAUGGAAACAUUAGGUCACCUGGAAAGCUUUGUUAAGGAGUUGAUCUUUGCUUUCCUUAACUGGAUAGCAGAACGUAAGCUGAAUAGGAACACUUGAAGGAGAUUUCAGUGUAAUGGACUUUCUCAAAAUGAAGUGCUUUUUAUUAUUUUUAAAUAAUAAUUAGACAUAUAUAAAAAAGUUUAAAAUGUAAAAGUUGUAUACUUUCAACAUAUUAUUAUGAUUAUUCAGCAACACAGUCUGAGGGAGGAACAAUCCACAUCAUUGAAAAUAACCUUGUAGGAUUCCAGGAGGUAAAGGAGGUGGAAUAAUUGGUGGGGUUAGAUCCUGAAAUAAACAAAACAUGGGCAUGCAUGGUAAAGGGACAGUGUGUGCUCCUUUUUGGAUUUACAGAAAUGCGUCAAGUGUAAAUCUUUCAAAGCCAUUUAAUAAUAUUCACUUUAGUUCUCUGUGGAAAAGAGGAGAAAAGCAAGCCUCCUGAUUGUAUUGUUUUAAAUUUUAAGAGUUUAUCUAAAUGCCAGUACUUAGGACCUAAAUUUAUCUAUGUCUGUCAUACCCUAAAAUGACAAUGGUCUUUGGAUUUGGUAUGCAUUUAUUCUGUUCACUAUCACAAAAUCAUCUAUAUUUAUAGAGGAAUAGAAGUUUAUAUAUAUAUAAAAUACCAUAUUUUUAAUUUCACAAAUAAAAAAAUCAAAGUUUUGUACAAAAUUAUAUGGUUUUUGUGCCUGAAAAUAACAGAACUGGAACUGUCUGAACUAUCUUUACAUUUUAUAGUGUCUCAUAGCCAGUCCCAAAGUAUAUAAAUUCAGGAAUUCAAUGGAAAAGUCUAUCCUUAAACAUUCAGACGAGCCCUUCCAAAGAUGUAUCCUACUUGCAAUGUUGCAACUGACAUUGCCAAGUUCCUAGACAUCAUCUGCUUUCAUGAUAGUAACAAUAUAAAAUAGAAGUUUCCAAAUUAUUUCUUUACUGAGAGGAUUAUUAAAAAGAGAACUCUAAUUUUAAUAUUAAAGUCUUUUUUUUCUUACAAGGGGUAAAUUUACGUGGCUUUUUAUCAUAUGGAAGUUUAUUUAAAUCAUCAGGCAUCACCUUGGUCAUGAUUUUUUUGAGGUAUUGUCUUUUUCAUAAUCUUGGAUAUUCCAAAACCAUAAAUAGGCAAUCAAUAAAUGGUUAACUGACUGUGUGUUUAUAAGCAUUUUAAACAGUAGCUGGGUGUAUAAGGUUGUUUUUGUUGUUUGCUUUGGAAGACCCCAUUUUUAUAUUGUUCAAGGAACCUUUUCCAGAGAAAUUAUCUAGUUGGUCUACUCUUAGUCAGAAUUUAUAUAUAUGUGUGUGGGUGUGUGUGUAUAUAUACAUAUAUAUAUAUAUAAAAUCUAUAUUAUAUCUAUAUAUACAUAUAUACAUAAUAUACACACACUAAUUUUUAUAAAAUAGAGGUGCAAAGUUUACUUAUAUAUAUUACAAUAUGGAAAUAAGGUUAUGAGAAAUGGAAAACAUCAGAUGAAAAACCUCCAAUACCUUUGGAAAACAAGUCUCUUAUUCUUUUAUAGACUAAAAAUAUUUAUAUUAAAUUUUCCCAUGAAAAUAUUUUGUGAUAAAAUGACAAGGAACUAAAAUGAAGACCAUUGAUGCAAUAGAGUUACUUUCAUGGUUAUAAUGCAAUUCAUUGUCUUUUAAGUCAUUAUCAUUAUUUUAAGGCAAAUGAAAAUAUGAAAUCUAAUUGAAAAUACAGCAUUCAAUUUCACGUA